GGGCUCCGCAAUCAAACACAAUCUAAUCGCACAAAUGAAAAGAUUUGACUGAUAUGAACGAAAUUUCUGUACAUAUUCCUCCGUGUAGUUUCGAAUAGUCAAGAUCCGGCGACGAGGAUUCGAAACAGCGGUACCUUGACAAUGAGGCCGAGACACGGCCUGCAGCCAAUGGGCAAUCAUCCGCUGGAUCUCUCAAACGUGUCAAUCGGGCGACUGAAAUUGUAGUAAAGUGCGGCUCUUCUUGUCCCGCUGCACUCCAUAUUGAGGAAUGUGAAUGCUCUCAAUCACGGGACGGAUGGUCGUCCUCACCUUCGGACUCUCGGUGUACAUAAGGUGAUGCAUACUCCUUCCAUUCGAAUGCGAAAGGUUCUUACCUCUUUCACCUCUUUACUCGCGAUGAUGGCUGUUUACGCUUUCCUCGCAGCUGCUCUCUUGGGUCUUGCCGCUGCCCAAACGCCUGGUACCACGCCGGAAGUACACCCCAAGCUCACCACCUGGAAGUGCACCAAGGCCGGAGGAUGCAAGUCGCAGAACACGGCCCUUGUUUUGGACUCAGCAACCCACUGGAUUCACCAAGCCAACGAUACUUCAAAAGGUUGCGGAAAUUGGGGGAGCGGCGCAGAUCCCAUCGCGUGCCCGGAUGAAGCGACGUGCGCAAAGAACUGCAUCCUGGAGGGCAUCGAAAACUACACCGACUAUGGCGUGAGCACAAGCGGUGGGAACCUGGUGAUGGAGAUGUACAAUCCCAAGGGUAGUGUUGCUAGCCCUAGGAUCUAUCUUCUUGCCGAGGAUGAGAACAAGUACGAGAUGCUCCAGUUGACCGGCAAUGAGCUCACCUUUGAUGUCGACGUUUCGAAGCUACCAUGCGGCAUGAAUGGUGCUCUAUAUCUCUCUGAGAUGGAAGCAGAUGGUGGACGAUCAGCGCUUAACCCUGGAGGUGCCUCCCGGGGCACGGGCUACUGUGACGCUCAAUGCUUUGUCACUCCUUGGGUGAACGGGGUCGUAAGUAUAUACUCAACUCUUCUCCCAAUGCUCAACUCACUCUUCACAGGGCAACGUUGCCGGUCAGGGUGUCUGCUGUAACGAGAUGGAUAUCUGGGAAGCAAACAGCCGCGCCAACCAAAUCGCUCCUCAUACGUGUAGCAAGGAUGGCCUCUUCCGCUGCACUGGCGAGGAGUGCAAAUCUAACGGUCUGUGCGACAAGAAUGGCUGCGGCGA